AUGGCCAUCGACAAACGCGCAACGCAGAAGCAGUCGGACAACGAGCACGCGCUGAAGAUAUAUGCCGCCUUCCUCGCCGGUCUGAUCGUGGUCUCCGUCUGCGUGUCUAGGUACCAAGCCUCCGGGUCGGCAUCCGGUCGAUGGCUUCGGAGGUCUCGUAGGAGGUUAGAGAGGCGCACGCCGUGGCUGUGGGCUCGUAGGCCGUCAGUCGGACUCGUCGUCCUGACCACGGUAUACCUUGCCGGAAAUGCCGCAAUCGCAUCCAACUUCCUCAGUUCGACCCGUCUCAACUAUAUCGGCUCCCGAUGCGGAUGGUUGACGGCUGCCAACAUGACGCUGUGCGUCUUCUUCGCUCUCAGAAAUACGCCGUUAUCGCUCGUCGUGCCCGCGUCUCAUGUCGAGCUGAACGUGUUCCACCGAUUGACGGGCAUAGUGGCAAUCUUCUUCGUCGUCAGCCACGCCGGAUUCUACACGGCCUCGCUGACCGAGACUGGGCGCUUGGAAAAGUUUGCCUCGGUGGGGGACAUGGCUGCCAUCCUGGCAGGCAUCUCCAUGCUGGUCCUCCUGAUGGGCCUCUUUAGACAUCGAAACUACGACAUGUUCUACGUCAGCCACGUCCUUGGCUUUGUGGCUGCCGUCGCUCUCGCCGUCGUCCACAGGCCCCUCUGGUUCAAGAAGCUGCCCCAGGUCAUGAUGGUGACCUUCGGUCUGUGGCUGGCCGACAGAGCCAUCCGGUCGGCGGGGGCGUUGUGCGGCAUCUUCACAACACAAGCUACCUGCCAUCCACUUCCCGGCGGAGGGACGCAGGUGAUCCUCAAGAGGUCCUUCCUGUGCAGUGCCGUUCCGGGAUCCCAUUGCUUCCUGUGGAUACCGCGCAUAUCGCUCUUUCACAGCCACCCGAUGACCAUCGUCGACAACGGAGCGCAGGGGCUGGAGCUCGUCAUCAAGAGCCACCGAGGCUUCACCAGGAAACUCGGUGACCUGGCCCGGGAGCACCCAGGGGCCCGCCUAUGGGCAUUCACCGGCCUAUCGUACGGGUCGUCUCCAGACGUUUCCGGAUACGACGAGCUGGUCCUCGUAUCCGGGGGAAGCGGUGCUUCCUUUGUCUUUGGCUUCGUCAACCGGAUCCUGAGCCGGCCCCGGUUCAUGGGAUUUAGCAAGAUCAGCUGUGCCCUGUCCUUCCAGCAACACGCACAUCUGUCCUGGUAUCGCCAGCAUGUCGAUAAUCUCCAAAAUCUCGCGACCGUGACCAGCAUAAGUCUGCACGUCACGCGCGAGGCUGGACCGGUACCGGCACCCAGCGACCACGGCGCACAGCCCGUCCAGGGUGCGGGAGGCACGUCCCGACCGUGUCCGCAUACUUCUCCCCAGAUGGGUGGCCCGGCAGCAGAACUGGCCAUCGAGCAGCCGCCCUCUGGGGAGCUUACAUCGUGCACGGAAUCUGUGGUCUUUGGGAGGAUCAACAUGCAUGACCUCCUGGGCAGGCUGGCAGAUGACGGUGCUCGCCCCAGGCGGGCUUUGGUCGUGGCCUGCGGACCGGAAGUGUUGAUGGAUGACUUGAAGGAGUCGGUUGACCGCCAUCGAGCCACGGAUCCAUCAUGUGUGAUAGAUCUGUACUGCGGCGAUUUUGGCGGUUGCUGA